CUCCCACAAUGCACCUUGUAUCAACACGGCACUGGUGGCGGCUUGGAGGUGGGGUAGGGGGUGCCCGGCGGACCGGCGCGCAGCGAGAGGGGUAUCAGGCGGGGCUCGGGUGUUGAGGGGCGACUGGCAGCCAUGGCGGAGUCGGCGCCUGCUCGGCACAGGAGGAAACGCCGUUCCACACCUUUGACUUCUUCCACGCCACCCCCACAAGUGACAGAGAAAAGCUCUUACCUGCAGACUACAGAGCUCUCUCUCUGGACUGUGGUGGCUGCCAUCCAAGCUGUGGAGAAGAAGAUGGAGGCCCAGUCUGCCAGGCUACAGAGCCUGGAGGGGCGGACGGGGACGGCCGAGAAGAAGCUGGCAAACUGUGAGAAGACCGCCAUGGAGUUUGGGAACCAGCUGGAGGGCAAGUGGGCCGUGCUGGGAACCCUGCUGCAGGAGUACGGGCUGCUGCAGAGGCGGCUGGAGAACAUGGAGAACCUGCUGAGGAAUAGCAACUUUUGGGUGUUGCGGCUGCCGCCGGGCAGCAAUGGAGAAGUUCCAAAGGUAGUGUCCAGGUCACUUGAAAAUGAUGGAGUCUGUUUCUCAGAGCAGGAGUGGGAGAAUCUGGAUGACUGGCAGAAAGAGCUCUACAGAAAUGUGAUGAAGAGCAACUAUGAGACUCUGGUCUCUCUGAAGGUCCUUGGCCAGCCAGAAGGAGAAGCAGAAUUGGGUGCAGGGAUGCUGGGUGACUUGGAGGAGGAAGGCCCUGGUGAUGUCAACCCAGCAGAAGGGGUUCUGAUCAAGCAGGAGAUACAGUACACUCAGGAAGGCUCUGCGGAUCUUCCUGGAGAGUUCUCAGGCAUUGCUGAAGAGCAGGCUUUCCUGAGCCCAGAGCAUGCUGAACUCUGGGAUGGUCAGGGUGGUUCUAUCCUCUUGGAUUCGAGCUCCGGGGACACUAAUCUGGAGGAUCCCACUGAGGGCAGUAGAGAUUCUAGCAGUGGCAGAACUCUGAGCUGUCCCCCGAAGCAGAAAUCUAGUAGGCAGGUGCAGCUGGGUCAGGAAUGUGGGCAGGGCCUAAAGCUGAAGAGGGACACCUCUGGUCCCUAUGAAUGUUCCGAGUGCGAGAUCAGCUUCCAUUAUAAGCAGCAGCUAGCUACGCAUCUGCAGACCCACUCAGGGUGGGGGACUUACACAGCCUCGGAGCCAGAGGAGAGCCUUAGACCCAGGCCACAACUGAAGCCCCAGUCCAAGAGGACAAAGCUUCAUCAGUGUGAUGUGUGCAUGAGGAGCUUCAGCUGCAGGGUGAGCCUGGUAACCCACCAGCGCUGCCACCUGCAGGAGGGGCCUAGUGCUGGCCACUAUGUCCAGGAGAGGUUCUCACCUAACAGCCUGGUUGCCCUGCCCGGCCACAUCCCUUGGAGGAAAAGCCGGAGUUCCCUCAUCUGCGGUUACUGUGGCAAGAGCUUCAGCCACCCAUCUGAUCUAGUGCGGCACCAGCGUAUCCACACGGGAGAACGGCCCUACAGCUGCUCAGAGUGUGAGAAGAGCUUUGUCCAGAAGCAGCACCUUCUGCAGCACCAGAAGAUCCACCAGCGGGAGCGGGGAGGGCUGGCUCUGGAGCCUGGGAGACCCAAUGGCCUGCUUUAAGGGUGCCAGCCCCUCGUCGGUCCUGGGGGGUGCAGAAGGGGCUGGCAUUGGUCCCCCCAAAGAGACACUAUGCAGAGUCAGGGACUUUUUCCUGAGAAGAGUCGCUUUGAUUGCCUUCCCUUGGCCAAGCACCAGGCCAAGCCCAGAGGCUCUCCUGAAAACUGUGGAAGAGGAGGAGUCCAGGGCCACUCCUCUCCCUGCCAUCUCUCCCUGCUGUGGAGCUUGUCGUCUCUGGCACCUUCAAAGCUCUGGUUUUCCCAUCGUGGCUGAUUCUUGUGGCGGGCUGCAGUGGGCUCUGACCCUCCAGGGACUGGUGGCUGGUUCCAGGUCCUGUCCCAGCAUUUUAGGUUUUCCUGUGAGGUUGGGUUGGGCCAGUGGAGAAACCAGGAGAGUUCUGGUUUCUCCUGGUUUGUGGUGUGUGGGAGAGUUCUGGGACCUAACCUUCUCUUUCCUCUUCUUUUGUAGUCUCUUUGUUAAAAACAAGUAGAAGAAAUAAUUUAAAUGACUGCUUACCCUGUUCUGAGGAAACUUUUUUGGAAUUAGAGUUUAGUUGAUUUAAAAAAAAAAAAAAGUCUUGAUCCUUGUUUUUUAAAAAUUUCCAGUGUUGUAGAAGUUGUUCCUAACAUGGGGACUGGGCCUACCCUCUAGGAGGGAUUUGUUUAUGGGGGUCUUUUAGCCCACCCACACUUAGUAAGGUCAGAGAUCAGGUGGCAGAGUGCUGAGCUCCCUCUUUUUGGGGGGGUCUUUGCUCACAAGGGGCUAACUGAAUCUAGAGGAGCAAGAGGAGGAGAGUGGUAGAGGUAGACCUCAGAAUCCCUGCUGGGAAUGAAGAGUCUUGUGACGGAGCCCAGAGCAUGCUGCUGCUUGGGAAUCUAGGUUUUUCACCAUAAUCCUCUUCCAACAUGGUCCUUGCUGGUUUCUGCAGCCACCCAAGGUAGAAGACUAUUUUGUUACUUACGGUUGUCUAACUUGUUCCAGUGGGAAUUGGAGUUUGUUCUUAUUACACCAGUUGUUUCUUGAGACUGUGUAGAUUACACAUUUUUCAAAUUAGUUCUGAGAUUGACUGUUCAGAGAUGAUGGAGAAAAAGCACAAAAAUGCUUCUUAGGAGUGUUGAAUGCCUGCCCCACUGUUGUUUGGGGAGAUGGGACUGGGCUCCUGGGUCCUAUAUGUGAAUGUCUCCUUUGAUGAUUUGCAGUUGCCUAGAAUAAAACUUGCUACUAGCAAAAAAACAAAAACAAAAACAACCCUCAUGUUGGAUAUUUUUCUCCCUUUGUCAAGAACAUCAAGGUAGGAGGUGGCUGACCUGGAGCAGUGACAGAGGCCUGAAGUCACAACCUGGCCUGCAUUUUUACUUAAACCUAGGACAGACAAGCAGAGGGCAUGUAUGAGAAUAUCCAUGGGACCCUGUGUGGUGGUUGAGGGCUGGAGACAACCUGCAUAUUGAUUUUUGGAGAUGGCAGAAAGACCGGGCAGGUAAAAUAGGUGUGCCAACCUCUACUGGGUAGCACUUAGGGACAUUGGCUUAGAGCAGCGUAUAAUGCUGAGUGGGAAAAUGUUAGAGAUUGAAUGAGGUUUAUGACAGUACAGUUUAUGUACAUUAAAAAUGCAUGUACACAAAACAUUUGACAAGAACACUUGGAAAUGCAGACUUAUACCUUAAAGGCAUUACAGCUGCUUGUGGGAGCAAUGAGUGGGAUAUGGGGAUAAAAAGAAAGAAAUAGAUAAAAAUAAACUUGGCUCACUAUAAAGUA